AUGGUCGGUCUGCUUGCGUGGGCGGCAGACGUCGUCGGAGGCGGCGGCGGCGGGCGGAGCAAUGACAAGAACUAUCCAAAUUCAAUCCCUCACGCCCAAGAGGUCUAUCGCAAAUUGGCUUCUCUUAACCAUUCGAUCCAAGAUCUGCGGCUAAAAUUGCAACCGCCCGACAUCCCCCAACGCCUCCCUGACAUCCACGCUCACUCUCCAGCUCAACGCUCAUUCAGCUACCAAGAAAAAAGUCUUAAGUACCUGGGGCUUGGGCUGGGAAAUUUGGAUGGAUGGGAUGGAAAUAACUCAAUUUACUUACUUCCAGCAGGGUCUGUUGAUGCCCUGGCGAGGUUGCUGGCGCGUCUGGUGCCUAUCGGGUGCUGCCGGACACCACUGACUGCAACUAUGCACGCUGGCAUGCUUCUGGGCAUGCAUGCGUGCUACUGGACUCAUUGGCAUGCUAUUGGGCACAACCAGGGUUGCCUGGCAUACUGGCGUGCUGCUGGGCACGACCAGUAA